GCAUCAUGUGACCAUAUCGACGAGGAAACAUGGCGGAUGUCGAAGCGGCGAAGUCUUUGAGCGGACUGUUGAGCGGAAUAGCUCAGAAAGUGUAUUACAACAACCCCGACAUCACGGAGGAGCUGCUGCAAACCGAACUGUUCCCCGAGCUGUCGCAGGAGGAGUUCAGGGCUCUGCAUGAGAAGAUGAGGGGCCUCCUGAAGUCUAUCGCCACAGCAGACAUGGAUCAUGCCCAGCUGGAGGCCUUCCUCACAGCCCAGACUAGGAGGCAGGGCGUCGGUGGGGUGACCGCCGAACAGGCCGCCGCCCUCUCUCGCUUCUGGAAGAGCCAGCGAGUGCGGGUGAGGGAGAGCUUGCUGGCUCAGAGCCGCUGGGAGCCCGGCCUCAGGGGCAUCUCCUGGAGGGUGGACCUCCAGACUGCAGCCAGCCGGGGGGAUGUGGCCCACAGCGGCCCGGUCGCUCUGAUGGAGCUGGAGCUGGGCAGAGCCGGACAGGACUCAGAGUUUGUGUGUCUGGAGUUUGAUGAAGCCAAAGUCAACCAGGUGCUAAAGAAGAUGGCUGAUAUCCAGGAGAGCAUCGACCGCAUCAUUCACCGCGCCUAAAAGUCUGUGUGAGAGUUUUUCCUCAGACAGUCCUCUUGGGUCUGUUUCAUCUUGUUCAACAGCGUCACACGGAAGUGGGAGUUGUUAAGAUCUGUAUUUGCCAGAAUGGAUCCAACGUGGCUUUUUGCAUCUGCAGACAGACUCAGAAAGGACAUAGUGUAUAAGAUGAAUGAUCACCAUACGCAUGCAUUUAGAAUUUAAAUGCAUGUGUAGAAUUUUAAAUGCAGAGUUUAAAAUUUACCAUAAUUCAAAGUGCAGGACUGUUUUUUUUUGUUGUGUUUUUUACAUCCGGGUGACCAUUUUGCGCCCCUCCCCUGAUAGAAUGAAGGUUCCUCUCUGACCAUAGUGGCAAAAAAAAGCAGCACUGGGCAAAGGAUUUCAGAGUCUUUGCAGUUAAGUAGUUUAAACCACCAGUUUGAAGCAGGGAUUUUUGGAUUAUGCAAUGUAGGGAAAACAGAAGCAAAAAUCUUUAAAAUAAACACUGCAGUGUAAUGUGAACAUUUUGACUAGGAUGAUAUAACUUUCAACGUGAAGGUGUGUUCAGACUGAACGGUAAGUGAAUGUUUGAGAUGGAGCGAUUGCACAUAAAGUCAAUGCAAAGACGCAAGAGGGCACAAAAACAUGGGCAUUCACGGACGCCGCAAACUGAGUCAAAGGCGUGACCACUCCCGGUUGAAAAUGUUCCAACUGGUGCUGUUUGGUGAGAAAAAACGUUAAAAACAUUCCAGCGUUAAAAUUCACACAAAUAAUAAGUCAAAAAUUUGCUUUGUGUCCAAUCUGAACAACCUUAAUACUUUAUACUUACUUCACACCAGGCACAUCUAACAUUAGCAUAAAAUGUUUAUGUUAGCAUGCUAACAUGCAAAAUUUUAUAUAAAGUUAGUUUUAACAUUAAUGUGAACAUGCUAACUGUAGCUAAUUUUAGCGUUUAGCUCAAGGCAUACUGAUUCUGUGUUGUGCUAUCACCCUCUUCGAAUGCUAACUUAGUAACUAAUGCUAACAGUACGCAAACCUGCUAAAUGUUAGCAUGUCACUCAAAUAUUCAAUUUAAUUUAAUUCAAUACAACUUUAUUCAUCCCUGCUAGGGAUGAAUACCUAGAAUAGCAGCUUGAUACCUGGAACAACACAUAGCUACCAAGGUUAUUAUCAAAAUGUUAGCACAUUAGCAACUUAACAUAAGCAUUUAGCUCCAAGCACAGGGAGGCCCAAGUACAGUAAGACCAAAGUUCAGUUUAGACUGAUGAAGGUUGGCCUGUUAUUGCCAUUAACAGGCCUUAUCAGGCAGCUGAAAAGAGUUUAGAGCUUCCUGUUCCUUUAAGACAGUGGCAUCAUCAGUCCUGAGCUCACCUGGUGUCAGGUAGAUGUACAGAUGACGUGUAGCUCAUUAAUUCCUAAGAGGAACAAAAGCCUGCAGCACAUCAGCACUUGGCAACCACAGUUUGACACCACAGCUUUAGGGAAUCCAGUGGGAUACAUUACUUCCCUUAAAUGAAUACUUAAUGUGCAUGUUAGUAAAUGAGUAAAUUGUGAAAAUAAUAUCACAUUUUUCUGUGGCGUUGUUCAGGAAGGAGGCUACAUUACAUCAGAGGUGGAUGACACUGACUGGAUAUCUGACAUGCAAUAAAAGGCUGAUAUCAAGUCAGCAAACUUUGACCCAUAUAAACCUGGUUCAGGAGGUCACAGUUCUGCUUUGGAGCCACAGGAUUGCACUUGCAACCCAACAAGUUUAUGCUCUGACAUUAUUGUGAUCUGCUUUACUGUAUAUAAAAUGUUCAUACACACAGAUUUGUGCCAAUGAAGGUAAAAAGCAAUGUUGUGUUUGAGUCAUAAUGCAAAAUCAGAGGUUUGCCUUGAUUUUUUUUUUAAAUAAUGUUUUUUUCAGUUAUCUGUGGCGUCUCAAAUACAAAGGUCAGUUAUAUUGUUUGACAGCCAUAAAUAUAACAAUAUAAUAUUUCUUAAGCCCUCGCAUUUGUCAGUGCUUGCAGGGUAAAGCUUCAGGGUGUGGAGAUAUUUGUUUAUCCACUUUUGAAACUUUAUUUGGUGAGUUUUAGAAAGUGAGAAGUGGAAGAAAUCAUGUGGAAAAACUGCUCAAUGUACAUAUUUCUUUGUCAUAAGUGCUUAGUAAUAAACCUCAGUGACAUCA